CGCCGCACAGUCGCGCCGCAGACACGCUUAGAUUCUGACGCUCGCGGGCGGCGCGGGGAGAGGGGCCCGGGGAGGAACGCGGGUCGCCGCUGCUCUGCCCUGGCCAUGCAGGUGUCCAGCCUCAACGAGGUGAAGAUUUACAGUCUCAGCUGCGGCAAGUCGCUGCCCGAGUGGCUUUCUGACAGAAAGAAGAGAGCACUACAGAAGAAAGAUGUCGAUGUCCGCAGGAGAAUUGAACUUAUUCAGGAUUUUGAAAUGCCUACUGUUUGCACCACUAUUAAGGUGUCAAAAGAUGGACAGUAUAUCUUAGCAACUGGAACUUAUAAACCUCGGGUUCGAUGUUAUGACACAUAUCAGUUAUCCUUGAAGUUUGAAAGGUGUUUAGAUUCAGAGGUUGUCACCUUUGAAACUUUGUCUGAUGACUAUUCAAAGAUUGUUUUCUUACAUAAUGAUAGAUACAUCGAAUUCCACUCACAAUCGGGUUUUUACUACAAAACCAGAAUACCAAAGUUCGGGAGAGAUUUCUCCUACCACUAUCCUUCCUGUGACUUGUACUUUGUUGGCGCAAGCUCUGAAGUUUAUAGAUUAAACUUAGAACAAGGCCGGUACCUGAAUCCGCUACAGACUGAUGCUGCGGAGAAUAAUGUGUGUGACAUAAACUCAGUACAUGGCUUGUUUGCCACAGGAACGGUAGAGGGCCGCGUGGAGUGCUGGGACCCGAGAACUCGCGGUAGAGUCGGCUUGCUGGACUGUGCGUUAAGCAGCGUCACGGCAGACUCAGAGAUAAACAGUUUACCAACAAUCUCUGCUUUGAAAUUUAAUGGUGCCUUGACCAUGGCAGUUGGAACAUCCACAGGGCAGGUUUUAUUAUAUGACCUUCGAUCGGAUAAACCAUUGCUGGUUAAGGAUCACCAGUAUGGGCUGCCCAUUAAGUCAGUCCAUUUCCAGGAUUCACUAGAUUUGAUUUUGUCUGCAGACUCGCGCAUCAUCAAAAUGUGGAAUAAGAACUCAGGAAAAAUAUUUACUUCCUUGGAGCCAGAACAUGACAUUAACGAUGUCUGCCUCUAUCCCAACUCAGGGAUGCUUCUUACUGCCAGCGAAACCCCCAAGAUGGGCAUCUAUUACAUUCCGGUUUUGGGUCCUGCUCCCAGGUGGUGUUCGUUCCUGGACAACUUGACAGAAGAAUUAGAAGAGAAUCCUGAAAGCACGGUUUACGAUGAUUACAAAUUUGUCACCAAGAAAGACCUUGAAAAUUUAGGGCUCACACAUCUCAUCGGAUCACCUUUCCUCCGGGCAUAUAUGCAUGGAUUUUUCAUGGAUAUAAGACUCUAUCACAAGGUGAAAUUGAUGGUAAAUCCAUUUGCUUAUGAAGAAUACAGGAAAGAUAAGAUCCGACAGAAAAUAGAAGAAACCCGCGCACAGAGAGUCCAAUUAAAGAAAUUGCCCAAAGUUAACAAAGAACUAGCACUUAAAUUAAUUGAGGAAGAGGAGGAAAGGCAAAAAUCUACCUGGAAAAAGAAAGUUAAGAGCCUUCCUAAUAUUCUCACCGAUGAUCGAUUUAAAGUUAUGUUUGAGAACCCUGACUUCCAAGUAGAUGAAGAGAGUGAAGAAUUUAGGCUUUUGAAUCCACUUGUUUCGAAAAUAAGUGAAAAAAGGAAGAAGAAACUAAGACUCUUAGAGCAACAAGAGCUUCAUGAAAAAGAAGAGGAGGAAGAACCGGAAGGAAAACCAAGUGAUGCAGAAAGUUCUGAGAGUUCAGAUGAUGAGAAGGACUGGGUUGAAGAGGUCAGGAAGCAGCGCAGACUGCUCCAGCAGGAGGAAAAGGUGAAGCGGCAGGAGCGGCUCAGGGAGGACCAGCAGACAGUCCUCAAGCCCCAGUUUUAUGAGAUCAAAGCAGGCGAGGAAUUCAGGAGCUUCAAAGAUUCUGCCACCAAGCAGAAGCUGCUGAAUAAAACGCUUGAAGAUCGUUUGAAACUUGAAGCAAAAAAUGGCACGGUGAGCAUAGCAGAUACCACAGUCGGCAGCAAACAGUUGACAUUCACGUUAAAGAGGUCCGAACAACAGAAGAAGCAACAGGAGGCUGAGAAGCUGCACCGACAAGAAAGGAAAACCCUCCGUCGUUCAGCUGGUCACCUGAAGUCCAGACACAGACGCGGCCGGCCGUUUCAUUGAAUCUGGAAACCGGUCCUGCACGCGGCUCCGGAGGAGCGCCCAAACUGACCAUCGCUUAGCACGUCGAACACAGAGGGACACACAUUAACCGUUUGUGUAAAUUCUUGGUACCUAGGCGAGGUAAAGGUUUGGCAGCUGUCGUCACGCCCUCUGCAGCAGACUUGGAAACCGCCCCCCUUCCCCGCACUGUCUGUAAGUUGUUGUCCCCAUAAACAUUGUCCGUUCCCCGCCCUCCCCCCCCAGUUUUAAUCCAGUAAAGCCAGGUGUUGCUUUUCCAUCUUGUGAAAUGUGUAACAUGGGAUGGGAGGUUAUCCUGUGCUAAAAAUGCAGAUCGACCAUGUUCGGCACCGUUUCCUUUCAGUGCCUACUGUCCUUCACUGUUGACCCCCAGGAACCCCGUUCCUGUGUCGCCUGAGGUGUUCGUGUUGGCCGUGUUUGCAUUUCUACAUUAGUAGUUUGUGGCUUGUUUAUGUGAGGGGGGGGGGCGGUUUAAAACAUUUUAUAAAAAGAAUAUAAUUUUAUGGUAAUAAUCCUAAAACAAAAAUGGAAGCUACUGGUUAUUCUCUUAACUUUUCACAAGAUUAAAUAUAGAUUUUCCUUUUUUUUUUUUUUUCUGUUUCUUAAAGUGCAAUUUGAGAUAAACUGGCUGGAGAAAACAUUUAUAAAAAUAAAUACUUUCAUUUGAAUAGCUUCUUUGAGAAAGAUCCAUGCUUUGAGUUAAUUUGAAAAUUGAAUUUUGUUUCCCUAGUUCUCAGGUAUUAACGUGAUUUUGGAGGUGUGUUUCUUUAAUCACAACUGGAACCAGGGCUCUUUGGCCUCUAACUGGAAAUGCGGUAAGCACAAAGGGAGAAUGUGCUGACAGGACUAGGCUGCAGGCUGUGUAACCGGCCUCAUGGACACCCGGAUCCGGGGCCCCAGAUUCAGCCAGGUCUCUCUCCCCUUUUCUUCCUCCUGUCGCAGCGUUGUUCCUUAGCCCUUCAGCUCUCCCCUGCUGUCUUUCCUUGACGUCUUUCCUGUCCUGUCCCCGUCCUAUCUCUGUUGCUUCUGUACAGACAUGUGUCCACUUCUGAGGCCUGAGAGGUGCAGUCUGUUUCCAGAAAAAAAGAUGUGUUUGUCUGUGGGUGUGUGUGUGUGUGCGUGUGUGUGCGUGUGUGUCCGGCGUGGGUGCGCUUUGUGUAUAUAGACAGACACCGUCACCAGAAAGAGGCUUGUUAACCUGGGCGCCCACCCAGCUUGUGGUCUGGGACAGAGGCGUCACCUGUUUCCAUCCCUGGUGCCACCUGCUCUGCUUCUUCGGCUUCCUAUCCCUGCACUCCUUUGAUGAGCUGCCUCUUCCCAGAGGAAGGGGCCUCAGCCUUUCUGCACUUGCUUGUCUCUGUGUCCACGCUGAUGGCUUCCCUAGAGAGGAGGAUUUCAGAAGUUAAGGAAGGACACUGCUGGCUGGAGUUGUUCCCUAGGGGUGAGCGGUUGCGCUGCGGAUUGUGUCCUGGGGUCAGGGCCUUUCCCACUCCUACCUGGCCUUCCCGGGCCUCUCUUUCCCUUCCCUGCCUUCUCGGGGGGCCUCCCUGUGGAGGGGGAGCCAGUAGGCUGCGGUGCUAACUAAACUCUCCCGGCCCAGGGUUUAAUCCCAGCCCCGCUGCCCACCAGUUCUAGAGCCUUGACUGUUUGUUUAACCUCCUUGAGCGUCCGUUCCGCCAAUAAAGUGAGCCCAAGACUUCAUUUGUGUGAGAGUGAAACGAGGUACUUGGGUGGGGUGAGCAUUGAGCAUGGCGUGAGGCUCAGGAGUGUUGGUAAAGCUUGUCUGUCACCUGCCGCCCUUCCCUCACCUCAGCACACACCCCUCCGAACUCAGCGGAUUUCUUAAUACCGAGGUUUUUCUAGGGCACGGGUACCCAUGGGCUUCUGUUCUGGGAGGUUCCUGAAAGGGCAGGUGGAGGACCUGAGCUGCAUCUGUGAUGGGCGACAUUCAGGGAACACAUAGUCAACGGAGCUGCACAGAAACCCGCUCCAGGCCCCAGGGCUCCCUUAUCAGUGCCUUGUAACAGCCCCACCUCUUCAGGGUUGAGAUUCUUCAAGUACCUGCUACAGUCCUCGCCUUUCUUUGAAGUACAGGUUGCAUACUCUGUAGCUUGUUUGUUUGUAAUGGAUGACUUAGCAGCCUCGGGUGUGGGUCUCCAGACCAGGAAAGUACACGCAGGCGUUUGCGCCCGGCCCACGGCUGGGGGCUUGGUUUUCACAACAGGACGAUCCCGGGGGCUCCUGAGUGAUGGCUUCUCCCCUAAUCCUGCUCCAGAUCCCCCUCAUUCCCUAAUAUCCCUAGCCUGAUGCCUCAAUAUAUUUUUAAACAACUAUUUAAAAGAAAGUUGUUUUCAGCAGUCCAGGCAGUGAGCAGGGAAAGUGUCUGGGGUGUGCGGGGGGCAUGACGGGACAUCUAGGCUCUGGUUGGUUCUGCCCCUUAACCUGGGCGGUGAGGCACUCUCACGACUUGGACACCUUUCUGUGUGCAUGUUAUACUCCAAUGAAGAAUUCUUAUUAGAAAAGAAUUGGUCUAUCAAAGUAACUUGUACCCAUUAUAACAACUUACUCCCAUCUAACCCCCUGAGAUAACUCCUAAUAGUAUGAGGUAUAUUUGUUCAAAUAUUUUUCUGUUUUAUAAACAGCUAUAUAUACAUGUUUUAGUCAUCCAAUGGGGCUCUUCCUCAGCUAAUUUUCUCAAGUGUGGACAUACAGAGAGAGAUGUACUUUGUUCUUUUGUAUAAACUUCAGAGUGUUUUAUUGCAGGGUUGAUCCAUAAGCAAACUCUUCCCCUAUUGAUGGUUAUGCAUAAAAAUCCACAGAAAGAACCUUCUAAAAAGUCACAUCUAUAAUAAGUAUACCCCAACUUCCUUUUUGCUUCUUUUUUUUUUUUAAAUGUUUAUUUAUUUUAGAGAGAGUACGCAUGAGUGAGGGGAGGGACAGAGGGAAAGGAAGAGAGAAAAUACUCAGACUCCCUACUGAGUGCAGAGCCCAAUGCGGGACUCGAUCCCAGGACCCUGAGACCAUGACCCGAGCUGAAAUCAAGAGUCGGAUGCUUGACCGACUGAGCCACCCAGGCGCCCAUAACCCAACUUAUUUUUUAAAUGGACAUAGUAACUUUAUGAAACACCUGUACGUAGCAAAGCAAUCUAAAUGUCAUUUCCGUUUUUUCUUCUUUUUCUGUGUGUGGGAUUUGAGAGAAUUUCAAGUUUCUAGUUAGGAUACAGUUUUAGCUUUAUCCACCCUUUGUCAGAAGAGCAGAAGCAAAUAUCUUGUAACGUAAUCGGACUAAUCUUAAUGACAUUCUUUUCAGUACCAUUUAUGGAGUGUGUUAUUUCGCCUGCAACUCUAAUUAUUAAAAAGUUCCUGGGAUGCCUGGGGGGGCUUAGUGGGGUAAAGCAUCUGCCUUCAGCCCAGGUCAUGAUCCCGGGGUCCUGGGAUCAAGUCCCGCGUCAGGCUCCUUGUUCAGCGGGGGCCUGCUUCUCCCUCUGCCUGCUGCUCCCCCUGCUCGUGCUUGCUUGCUCGCUCUCUGACAAAUAAAUAAAAUUGUCAUCACUGCACUGACCUUGAAGCUUCUAGAACACUCCAGUCGUUCUCUUAAGCCAGGGCCUUUGCAGAUGCAUUUCCUCUGCUUGCAGUGUACUUCAUCGGUCGGCUGUUGGCAUGUCUGUCACACUUGAAGGUACAGCCACCUUGUGUAAAACAGUCAUGCCCCUGCCCCCAGCACUCCCCGGGCCUUUACUGCAGCGGGUACCCGAUACAGAGUGCUCAUAAAAGACUUUUUUUUUUUUUUAAAGAUUUUAUUUAUUUGCGAGAGAGAGAAUGAGAGACAGAGAGCAUGAGAGGGAGGAGGGUCAGGGGGAGAAGCAGACUCCCCGCCGAGCAGGGAGCCUGAUGCGGGACUCAAUCCCGGGACUCCAGGAUCAUGACCUGAGCCGAAGGCAGUUGCUUAACCAACUGAGCCACCUAGGCGCCCCAAUAAAAGACUUUUUAUUAUGGAACAUUUCAAACAUACGCCAAGGAAGAAAACAGCUUCACCAUCUCCUGUGUACCCAUCACACGCUUCAGUAAUUAACAACAAAUCUUACCUUUUUCAUCGUUACUCCUACCCAUUGGCUCCAUUACUUCGAAAUAUUUUGAUUCCAGAUAUCAUAUUAUUUUAUCCAUAAAUACUCAUACUGCCUUUUUUGUUUAUUUAUUGUUUGUCCCCCACCCCACACCAGAAUGUAAACUCGGUAAGAAUAGGGAUUUCUUUUUUGUUUUGUUUUGUUCACUGUUGUACAUCCAGCACCAUGCCUGACACAUAGUCGCUGUCUAAUAAAUUUGUAUGAAAUGAAUAGUUGAGUUAGAUGGAACUUUGGAUUCAGUACCAGAGGGGCAAUUCUCCCUUGACAAGAGCUGUUUCUGGGCUGGAAGGCCUCACUGGAGUAGCUCAGGACAGAAUAGGGAAGAAUGAAUCAGAAGGAGGGAUGGUAGACAACACUUGGUAGUUUCUGAAUAUAAGGGAGCAGAAAAUAGGACCUGUGAGAUCAAGAGAGGGUUUUCUUUAAAAUAGAAAUCCCAGCAUGUCUGCAUGUUGCUGGGAAUCACCCAGGAAAAGGAAAAAGUGUUGGCGUUAGAGAGGACAAUUACUGGAGUGAUACCAUAAGUAAGUGUAGUAGUUAUCUAUUGCUGCAUAACAAGUUAUCCCAAAACUUAGCAGCUUGAAAUAACAGAGUUACCUAACAGCUUCAGUGGGUCAGGAAUUCAGGAGCAGGCUAGCUGGGUGGUUCACAUGCAGGGUCUCUCAUGAGGGUACAAUCAAGACAUCAGCCAAGGCUACCUGGGCUGGAGGUGUGAGACCUGGGCUGGAGGACCCCCUUCCUCACUCAGACACACGGCUGCAGGCUGGAAGUCUCAGUUCGUUGCCACGUGGACCUCUCCAUGGGGCUGCUGGAAUAUCCCCGUGACAUGGCAGCUAAUGUCCCCCAGAGGUAUCCAAGGACGAGAGAGACCAAGAUGGAAGCCACAGUGCUUCUUAUCACCUUGUAGCAGAGGUCAUACAUCAUCACCUGCCCUUUUUUUCCAUUUGUUAGGAUGGAGUCACCAAGUAUAGCCUGUGCUCAGUGGGAGAGGAAUUAGAUGCCAUCUUCCGAGUGGAAGGAGCAUCAAAUAGGGGGGCCAGGUGAAAUAAAUACAGGACACCUGGUGAGAUUUGAAUUUCAGAUAAACAUGUGACUUAUCAGAGUGUGUUCUAUAUGUCGUAUGGGCCAUACUUACAUUAAAAAAUUGUUAUUUAUCCAAAAUUCAAAUUUAAUGGAUGACCUGUAUUUUUAUUGGCUAGAUCAGGCAACCCUAGAAAGAAUUUGUAGACGUAGUUUAGAAUCAGCACAGUAGCAAAGGAGGGAACGGGUGCAGUAUGCGGAUCGAGGUAGUGACCUUCCACAGACACAGGGUGAGAUUGUAAGGAGAGAAAAGGCAGAGUACUCGGGGAUGUUCAGGGAGGUAGGUGAUGGGUAGGCAGAUAAGGAGCAGAAAACAGGUGGACAUUCCCUUCUAAUUGCUUCGGUUUCCUCCCUGAAAUAAGAAGCAAGGUUAUGAACCAAAGUGAUCUCCCCUGCCCCACCCACUGCCCUUGUCCUGAAUUUCUGUGCUUACACACCAGGCUCACUCUUUGAUUCAGAGCCUUUGUUUCGCUUGAAUCUCUUAACCUCCAGUGAACUGUCUGUCCUGAUCCUUUUUAUCCUUCCUACCUCUCCACCCCACCAUCAUUUUUGGAGAACACCUGAUUGCUUCCUCAAAGUAAUAAGACACAGGACCUCGAAUUGAGAAGCGUGGGCACUGCUUUUUCCUUUCCCCUGGUUUUAUUGCCUCUCUGGGUUUCCAAAAUUCUACCUCAGUAGUUUUCAAAUGUUUCUUUGCCCCAUGGUAGGAAAUAUAUUUGACAUAGUGACUCAGAACACACGUAUAUCCAAAGUGUUAUAAACUGUAACCCAUAAAGCACGCUGGGAUUUUUCUCUUCUAUCCUAUUGCAGUUCCUUCAUCCUCCCCACCUCCACCCAUGUAAUAGGUUUACACCCAUUAAAUUGACUUCACAACCCACUAAUGAUGGAUCCAGCCCCAAGUUGAAAAUCCCUGCCUACCCUAGGAGGUGGGAUUGUAUUCUUGCACUACAGGAGCGUGGUGCAGAGCCCAGUGAAAUUUGGUCUCCCAGAGGUGUACUUGUUGCUACAACGUGUAAUUGUGAUACAUUGUGUAGUGAGACCUUUUGCUGGAGCUUCCAUGAAUUUUUUUUUUUUUUUUUACUAAACACACAAGAUGAAUAUUUAACUCUUUUUCAAAGCUUUAUCAUCAGCAUCAUUUAAAUGCUGCAAAAGAGAUUUUUUUAAAGGUUUAUUUGAGAGAGAGAGAGCCUCACAGAUGGGGGAGGGAAGGGACUAGCAGAGGAGGAGGGACAGGGAGAGAGAAUCUCCAGCAGACUCCCUGCUGAGCGUGGAGCCAGACACAGGGCUCAAUCUCAGCACCCUGACAUCAUGACCUGAGCUGAAAUCAGGAGUCCGGAGGCUCAACGAACUGAGCCACCCAGGCGCCCAUAAAUGCAAAGCAGAUUUUAUAGAAGAAAAGUUUUUGUGCUUUUAUAAGAAAAUGUGAGAGUUUAUAGUUCUUAGGCAAAUUUUCAAUGCAUUAAAAAAUUAGGGGUUUUACUUGAUUGAUUUGGGUUUGGAAAUGAUUUUCAAACUUCACUUUACCUAUGUAGCCAUGAGACUGAAACAAAAUUGUGGAGUUGACCAUCUCAUUGCUUUUGAGGAAAUGUAGAUGGCGGGGCUCACAGAACCAUUUAACACUUUGUAACAGAGACCUGUUUCCAUGUUAGAUAUUCAGUAGGAAACUUGUCUCUCUUUUGCAUUUGAGAAUACCAAAAGUGAUGUAUUUUAGUCCUAGAAAGUCCACAGUAAAUGAAUGGGUUGAGUCUUGGAGUGACUGAAUUCUUUUCAUACUUUGAAAGAGAAGAACAAAGCAUUAGAAAACAGUAUAUAUAUGUAAAUAUAGAUAAGUAGAUACUUGAUUAUUUUUAUUAACAUCCCUAAAAAGGUUCCCAUAUCCAAGUUGGCAUAAUUUUUUUUCUCCUCCUUGGGAACAUACGGAAUUGUCUUAUAUUUGGAAUUUUCUUCUAUUCAGGCACAGAUGAUAACUUGAUUUAGGAUACUGUGCAUCUUCUUGAACACGCAUGGAAAAUUCCAGUCCUAGCAGUUUUUAUUCUUUUUUUUUCCCUAAAGAUUUUAUUUACUUAUUUGACAGACACAGCGAGAGAGGGAACACAAGCAGGGGGAGUGGGAGAGGGAGAAGCAGGCUUCCCGCCGAGCAGGGAGCCCGAUGUGGGGGCUCGAUCCCAGGUCUCUGGGAUCAUGACCUGAGCCAAAGGCAGCCGCUUAAUGACUGAGCCACCCAGGCGCCCAAUUUUUAUUCUUGAAAGGCAGUUUUUAUGCCCGUGUGAAUUUUCCUAAAUUAAUUAGUGCAAUACAAAAGUCUAACAGUUAUGUUUGAAUGAACUAUUUUGGGAAUUAGGGUGCUGUCCCCUACUCAAAACAUGUACCCUUCCCCAUGUGUGAGCACAUACUGGGCGGAGAAAUUUGUUGGAAGCUAUACCUCUGUCCCGCUCUCCUGACGCGGCAUGGGGACCCAUGAUGGUGGUGGGUGCCAGAGGUGGAACUUGAAAGUCGUAGGGCCACAUGCCUUCCUGUUGGGUGGGGGGUAGGCUGCCUGUAUUUUUCUAGUAGCCUUAGGUUUCUUUCAGACCAGGACAGAAUCUUGAGCCCCAGACUCAAGACUCAUUCAGGUUCAGCCACAGCCCCUGCCUGCUUGGAGUUCCACCAUCCUAUCCCUGUGAACUCACUAUCCCCUUCGUUUCUGUUUACACCCAGUGGCAAGUCAUCUCUCUCCCGUUUCAGAUGCUCCAAGUGUGAGUUCAAAACUGGGGAGUUGAAACCUUCCUCCCCACCCACCCCUUCUCGUUCUUCUCCCACCCCUGCUGGUUCUGAGUGCCUCCCCCCUCCUCCUCACGGCCCCAGGCCUUGUCUGCAUCCCCCCACAGUCCCUCCUUCCUGCUGGAGCCCACCUUCCAGCCUCCACUCGAGGCCCGAGGACCGUAGUUCUCAGGUUGGAAGCUCAUCUCCCGAUUUUGCCAGAUCUAAGACCAGGCUUCUCUGACGCUGCUUGACUCCUUUGUCACGUUGGACGCUGUCAGGCCCUUGGCCUCCUUGGUCUCUGCCGGCUCCUCAGCCUCACCACCCACCCAGGUGCUGACGUGCUCCAGGAUUUCUUCUUUUUUUUUUUUUCAAAGAUUUUAUUUAUUUAUUUGAGACAGAGAGAAUGAGAGAGAGAGAGCACAUGAGAGGGGGGAGGGUCAGAGGGAGAAGCAGGCUCCCCGCCGAGCAGGGAGCCCAAUGCGGGACUCGAUCCAGGGACUCCAGGAUCAUGACCUGAGCCGAAGGCAGUCGCUUAACCGACUGAGCCACCCAGGCGCCCCUCCAGGAUUUCUUCUUUGAACCCUUCAUUCCCCCUCCUCGAUCUCAGCUCCUCUGGAUCAUUGGAUCACCUGUCCUGGGUGUUGCCGAGCCACCCACCAAACAGCUGCCCCUCUUGUCUGUGUGGGCCACUGGGACCUCAGGCUCAACGUGCCCCAAACCAGACUCAUGGGCCCCACGCCCCACCCACCCAAAUACAUGUUCCUCCUCCUCAUCCCUCCUCUUGGGUCACAAAUCAAGGUUCAUGUGGCUAUUGACUGACUACUCCAUGCCAGUGACCGAGCAGAGGGCCCUGGUCUGGAACACGCGGCUGGCUGUGGGGAGACGGGCAGUGCCCGCCAAGCAUCCUGAGGGUGAGGCGACGACCAGGGCCGGGAGGGGGCCUGCUUCCCGCUGCGUUAACGAGGCCGUGUCAGAACAGGCCCAUGAAGAAGUGAAGGACAUCUCGGGGAGGAACAUUCCAGGCAGAGAUCCCGGAGAAGCCCCCGGAGGCCGGAGGCCUUGUGAAACGGUUUCUGAUUCUGCAGAUUUGGAACAUGGCAGAUGCGCUGAUUUGGGCCCUGCUCUGAGAGGCACUGAGCCACAGCAGCGGCCCCCCGGGCGGCCGCACGGAGGGGCAGACCCUCGUGACCGAGGCGGGAGCAGCUUGGUGUCCGCUCGACCCCGUGUGGCCGCACCACCCCUGCGAACACCAGGCCGGUGCGCUGCCACCGAGGCCUGGCUCUACCACGCGGCGCCAGGGAAGCAGCACCCCCUGAGCUCCCGCCUCCCCUCUGCCCUGCUCCGUCCCUCCCUCAGCCCUGCGGCCUCCCCGCCAGGGCCUCCUCUGCACAGGGAUGGCCGCAGAGCACGCUGUGGGAAACGGAGCCUUUCGUGAAGAAGGGCUCUCCAACCUGAGAAUGGAGUCUGGUGAGUGGAGACAGCAGAAGGAAACCAGGGGGGCCUGGGUCGGGCCCAGACUUGCCUGGGGCUCAGCUGCCAGUCGGUGGCCAAGUCACUGAACCCGUCUGUGCCUUGGUGUCUGUGUCUGUAAAAUGGGUUUAAUAGUAUCUGUCCCCUAAAGACUUCAGAGGAUGUUUGUGAAGCUUAAUGAGUGAGGUCCAUUAAACCCCUCAGAAGAAAGGUGUAACUAAAUACAAAGCACUAUUGUAAUUAGCUCUCAGGCUCUUUAAACCAGGUCGCAUCUUGUUUUAAGAGAGUUACCGUGACGACGGGUUUGUUUGAAAAACACAUAAAAAAGGUGUGGCCAUAAAUCUCAGAAUAAUAAGUAAAUUUACUUUGCUGGUUUCUCUUGUAAUAAAGAACCGUCUAGCUCCUGAUCGAGAGGUUCGCGCCGCAUGGGAUGGAGACACAGUCGUGGCUCCCAUAACGCUGAUCCUAUUAGGGUUCUCCAGACAACAGAACCCACAGGGGAGAAGAGGCGUGUGCAGAGAUUUGCUGUGAGGGACUAGCUAAGAUGGUGACGGAGGCUGACAAGUCCCUCGAUCUGCUGUCAGCAGGCCGGGGCCCCCGGAGGGCCAGUGUGGUUCGUCCACAUCCGAAGGCCUGAGAAACCGAAGACGCUGUAGUUGCUGCCAGAAAGCCAGCAGGCUGGAGAGUCAAGAAGAGCCAGAGAAGACCCGUGUCCUCGCGGUGCCAUCAGGCAGGAGUCCCUCUUGCUCUGCCUUUCUCCUCUAUCCAGGUCUUCACCUGAUUGGACGAGGCCCACCCGCGUCGGGGUGGGCCAUCUGCUUUACUCAGGCUUCCAACUAACAUGUUAAUCUCAUCCAGAGACUCCCUCACAGACAUACCCAGGAUGUUUGACCAAAUGUCUGGGCAUCCAGGGGCCCAGUCACGUUGACACAGCACAUUAACCAGCACAGUGGCAUUCACCAUGGCCUCACUGCGUGCCAGGCAUGGAAUUCAGCACACAGCGAGCUCUUGGUCCAACCUUGUUCAAUGGAUCAAUGGAUCAAUGGACAGAUGGGUGUGGGGAAGUUGCUGGAUUCAGCCUCGUGCUUCAUAGACCCUGGGCAGUAUCUUGGGGCCCCGGCAAAGGUUUGGGAGCAGACGUUAAUAAACUAUUAGUUUCAGGUCGAAAGAUGAGGCUACAAAUGGGAUGGAGGGGCCAGGGGGCAGACUCGGCUGAGAGCCAUGGGCACCCAGCCAGUUUUCCCAGCAGAGGCUUCUUGCAGAUGAGAAGCUGCCGGGGCAGCAGUGAGAGGCAGAAGACGAGGAGUGAGGAGAGGGAGAGACGGGCCAGCGGACUGGAGGAGGGGAGUGGGCAUCCGGAGGUGGAGAGGGAGGGAGGCCUCGUCCUCAGGUUGGGCUCCUGGUCAACAGGGCCCGGCUGACAGGCUGCUCUCAUGAACGGUAGAUUGUGCCAGGCCUGUGGGCUUCUCUGCACCUAGGAGAGGCUAUCCCUCUCAGCAGAGGGGGGAUGGAGGGUGGAUCUUCGAAGCAUCAUUUAAGAAAUGUCUGCUGGGAAAUAAUUAUUUCCCCUCGGGGUUUCACCUAGCAAGCAGGGUCACUGCCUUUCAUGUAGUCAAGUGCAGCCCCACAUGAAGAACACACAGCAUCUUCUCCUUUCUUCAUGGAGAGUCGGAGGCAGGAUCUACGUUAGGUGAAAAGACUCAGGUAUGGGGGUGAAAACUGGCCAGCUCGCCCUUGGCCUGGGGAGUUUCCAGGGGCUGCACCACCCAGGGGUUCUGUCCCUACCUCCUGGCUCUCUGUUCUUCAGUUUUUACUACUACUUCGUAGACCUCAGCUAUUCCGUUCCCCAGGCCAUCCAUCCGCUUUACCCUUAACCUUCAAGGGAGCCACUUGCAGCCCCAGCAGGUAGGUCCCAGGAGGUCGGCCCUAUCUGUUGGUUCUCAGCUGAUGCAGACGAAGGGGGGGGGGCGUUGGAGGGGGGAUACACCGUGAGCCUCUGCCCACUUCUGGCUCCUGGCCGGGACCUGGUGACCGAGGUGGCAUCGGCCAAAGCCGGGGACAGCUCUCAUUGUCCUGGAGCUGAGCGUGCCCUUCCAAAAAGGCCUGACUGGUCUGCCCCUUUGUGAAUUUUAGCAAACAAGUGAUAGAGUUCCUUCCCCCAUUGCUGGUAACCAUAGCAACGUCCUUCACAGGGACCAUGCCCACCACCAGGCCUCCCACCUGCACACGCUCAGGGGCAAUGACCAGAUCUGCCUUUUACCAUAGCUGCAAACUUGGAAAUGUUACUAAAAUUUCCUGGAUUUCUCUGUCUGUAAAAUGGGCGUGAUUAUUUCUACCUCACAAGGCUGUGGGGGCAUUUAAUGAGGUAAAGUGUGCAAAGAACCCAACAGUGCCUAGAAGAUGGUAGGUUCCUGGUGAGUGUUCAACGUCACCCCCUCUCUGCCCAACAUGGACCAGCUUUGCCACAGGUGUGGCCCUGCAGAGCGCCAUUCUGCCCGCGGGACAGUCACCUGACUAUGUGACAAGAUGGCCCCCCCAGGGGGAUCCUGCUCCAAAUGAAGUCCCAAGCCCUAUGUCAGGGAAGUGGGCUCCACGCUUGGGCCACAGGCACCAAAACCCUGGGAAUAGGGCUCUAGGAGUCCUGGGGUCCCCUCCCCACUGCCUGACCCCAUUUGUACCACCACCGGUUCAUCAAUUGAAGCCAAAAUCUCCAGUAGAAUGUCCCUCCCUCUUCCUGAUACAACCUGCCAGAUACAUUCCAUCUUUCCAGAGUCAUCUCUUUGGAUCAAGAACAGAGGAGACUUCCUGUCUGGCUCGGGCUGCCUGGUGGUCUGCCGGCGCCUUCCUUCCCUUCGCUCAGGAUGCUACCAAGACCCCAGGUGGAAAAAUCUCUUCUCCUUUCCCUGCAGUUUUCUGGAUGAGAAUAAACCCCAAGCUUUGAAUGAA